GGAGUCCUCUCAGGCAGAAGCUGGCUGAGCUCCUUGGCCUUCACUUUCCAGCCCUUGCAGAUCACCCCUUUUCAGAGCAGAGGCUGCUGUGAGGAGCAGGACAUCCUGUACCAGCACAGCCAGCUCCCUGGGACCCCUGUCUGACCACCAGGAUGGAGCUAGGGCCAGCAACUGACACCUUUGUGCUGGAGUUGCGGUGCCUCCAGGAUGGGGGCCCAGGGCCUGACACCCUCUCAGGUGGCAGUGGCGGGAGUGAGAGCCAGGAGGAAGAAGAGGUUCAGGAGGGGAGCAGCAGCCCAGCGCGGCCAGCGGUCUCAGACCCGAUGGGGGCCGGUGAGUUCACUGCGGAAGCCCAGCUAGGACAGCAGGAGUUGCAACUGCAGCAGUUAGAGCGGCAGCCAGAGCUGCAUCGACGGCCGCAGCGAGAGCAGUUGCAGCAACAGCAGCCCCCAAACCAGUUAGCAGGCCAUCAGCCGGGACUGCAGCAGCAGCAGCAGCAAGAUGGACAAGGGCAGCUGCCUCGACAACAGCGGGAGCUACAGGGACAACCUCGCUCUGUACAGCAGCAGGAACCGCUGCAGCAGCAGCAAGCCCAAGAACAGCAGCCGCCACCACAACAGCCGGUACAGCUACAGCCGCCGCCACAACAGCAGGUACAGCUACAGCCGCCGCCACAACAGCCGGUACAGCUACAGCCGCCGCCACAACAGCCGGUACAGUUACAGCCGCCGCCACAACAGCCGGUACAGUUACGGCCGCCGCCACAACAGCCGGUACAGUUACGGCUGCCGCCACAACAGCAGCAACCGUUGCAGCAGCAACUGUUGCAACAACAGCCGGUACAGCUACAGCAGCAGGGACCAUUGCAGCAGCAGCAGGGGGAAGAGCAGCAGCUGCCACAACAAGGGCAGUUACAGCAACAACAAGUGCAAGAGCGGCAGCUGCCGCAGCAACAGCAGGCACACUUACAGCAGCAGGUGCUGCUCCUACAACCAGAGCAGCAAUUGCAACAGCAGAAACUGUUACAGCUGUUGCAGCAACAGCAGGAACAGUUACAGUCGCAGCACGUGCAAGAGCAGCAGCUGCUGCAACAACAGCAGGUACAGUUACAGCAGCAGCUGUUACACCAGCAGCAGCAGCAAUUGCAACAACAGAAACUCUUACAGCCCCAGGAACCAUUACAGUUACAACAACAGUUACAACAACAGCAGCAGGAACAACUACAGCAAGAGCUGCAACUGUUGCAGCAGCAGCAGGAACAGUUACAGCAGCAGCACCUGCAGCAGCAGCAAUUGUUGCAGCAGCAGCAGCUGCAGCAACAACAGCAGUUACUGCAGCGACAGCAGGAACAGUUACAGCAGCAGCUGUUGCAACAGCAGCAAGGACAGUUGCAACAGCAGCAGCUGCAGCCCCCUGCAGAGGAGCCAGACGAGGACGAAGAGGUGGAGCUGGAGCUCAUGCCCGUGGAUCUGGGGACGGAGCAGGAGCUGGAGCAGCAGCGGCAGGAGCUGGAGCAGCAGCGGCAGGAGCUGGAGCGGCAGCAGGAGCAGCGGCAGCUGCAGCUCAAACUGCAGGAGCAGCUGCAGCAACUGGAGCAGCAGCUGGAGCAGCAGCAGCAGCAGCUGGAGCAGCAGGAGGUGCAGCUGGAGCUGACCCCGGUGGACCUGGGCGCGCAGCAGCAGGAGGUGCAGCUGGAGCUGACGCCCGUGCAGCCGGAGCUGCAGCUGGAGUUGGUGCCCGCGGCAGGGGCUGGUGGGGCGGCGGGGCCCGGGGCUCCAGCCACAGUCGUUGUGGCGCCCCCAGGCUACGUGGUGGUGCAGGAGCUCAUGGUGCUGCCCACCGUGGCCACAUCAGCGGUGGUGGCUAUCCCAGGCCCCGCGGGCAGCGCAGCCCUGACGCCGGCCCGACAGCGGCGGCGGCGGCGCGCACGGGACCGGCCCACUAUCUGCGGCGAGUGCGGCAAGGGCUUCAGCCGCAGCACGGACUUGGUGCGGCACCAGGCCACGCACACCGGGGAGCGACCGCACCGCUGCGGCGAGUGCGGCAAGGGCUUCUCGCAGCACUCAAACCUGGUGACGCACCAGCGCAUCCACACGGGCGAGAAGCCCUACGCCUGCUCCUACUGCGCCAAGCGCUUCAGCGAGAGCUCAGCACUCGUUCAGCACCAGCGCACGCACACGGGCGAGCGGCCCUACGCCUGCAGCGACUGCGGCAAGCGCUUUAGCGUCUCGUCCAACCUGCUGCGCCAUCGGCGUACGCACUCGGGGGAGCGACCCUAUGUCUGCGAAGACUGCGGAGAGCGCUUCCGCCACAAGGUACAGAUCCGCCGCCACGAGCGCCAGCUGCACGGCGCCGGCCGCUCUCGGGGCCUGGGCCUGCUCCGCAGCUCGAGGCCCACGGCCACAGCCACGCCGUUGUGCCCAGAGCAGGGCACCGUGGCAGCCGCACCCAUGAACAAGGCACCUUGAGGCUUCGUGCGCCAGUGAUGCCCGGGAAGCCAAGCUGCCCGGGCAUGAGCGGUCAAAGUCCAGAUGGGGGUGCCAAGGUGGGAGCCACGGUUGGAAUGGAGGUGGUCCUUGAGCUUAAAGGCCAGGGGGGCUAGCGCUCCUCCCACCUGCCCCUGCGCAGGAAGCACAGCACAUACUAGGACGUUUUGACCCCAUUUUGUGGUCUUUCGAGAAAUCCUGGAAUGUUGUUAGGAAAAGGCUUCCAUGUUUCUCCCGGAUUAACUGAGAAGUACCACCAAGUCAUAACUUAUCAUAAGCCCAGAAACAACUGGCAAGGGGAAAGGGGUUAUGGCUAAAACAGCACAUGGUAAAAAUGUGUUGUUGAGUACCAAGAUUGGCCAAAUGUCGCCUUGGGGAAAUUGGAAGGUACUAGAAAUGAGAGCCACAAAAGAAAACUCCCAGUGACAGAUGGGACAGUUGAUGACAUUUGACAUGGAGUGAACAUUAAGCAGUGAAUCAAGUAUAGGUGGUAACGCUUAUGUGACAAGGAUUUGAUCCUGAUGGAAACUGUUUGAAGGGGAAAAAAGGACAGAAGGAAACAACGUGUCUGCACCGCAUGGAAAACUGCUCAAGGCAUUUUGUUGUCCUCAGUGGCAUUUGCCUUGGAAAUACUUUCUGGAAUGAAAAUAUAUCAGGGUGGAUAUCAUUCUGGUUAAAAUGCUUGUGUUUAUAAACACAGGGGCAAAGCACUUACUGGGUCAAAGUGGAAGUGCCAGAAAGUCGUGCCCUGGGUUGGAGGUAAAAACCUUCCCUCCAGGAUAGCCCAGGUUCUAGCACACUUGGUGGCAGGGCUGAGGCACUGGACUGUGGGCCUCUUGGUUGCCAUGUUCCAAUGCCUACAGCGUCUCCUUCAGUCCUACUGAGUAAAAGCCUAUGGCUGAAGCAGAGAGCAUUCUGGGAGUGCUAUCCAAGGUUUGAAGGAGGGGACCCCUCAGAAAGAGCCCCUCCCUGGGGCCCACCAGUUCUAAGCUUCUGAGGUGCUGCCCAGGGGCUGAGGUUAUGGAGUUGGGUCUCAGGGGCUGGGUGGGGGUAGGAGGAGAAUGUUGAGGACAAGGAUUGGGGCCACAGAGCUGGUCUUUACGACAGUUAUAAAAUCAUCUGGGGCACCAUGAGAGCAGCAGCAGUUGCUGAUGCCUUGUGGCAAGGCAGAAUGAUGCCUGCCCCCUGGUCCCCAAGCACUUCCUCUUCUACCUGGCUUCCCACCUGAGGCUGCGUCCAUCCUGCUCGGCUCUUUCCUCCCUGCCUCUCUGUUGCUAACACAGCCUGUUACAUUUUACAAAUGUGUUGGUAAGUGAGAAACAAAAAAAGAAAAAUAAAUGAAAACAAGUGACUUCAUUGUCCUGCCUUUGUGUUUUCACCUGUAGUUUGGGUGGAUUUCUAAGGAAAGUUUUCCUGGUUGUUCUAAACCUAUUGCUGUAGAGUAAAUUCUGACUCAGAGCACCCCACAGGACAGAAUAGAAUUGCCCUAUAGGGUUUCAAGGCUGUGAUCUUUAUAGAAGCAGACUGCCGCAUCUUUCUCCCAUGGAGGGGCUAGUGGGUUUGAACCACAGACCUUCUGGUUAGCAGUUGAGCCCCCUUAACCACUGCACCACGAGAGCUCACUAGUUGUUCUAGAACAUGGGGCUUAUUAUUUAGGCACACAUCUGGCACUCCUCAUCCCACAACCUGCCUGCCAGCCUGAGGUCCUUGACCAGAGAAUGUUGUUGUUAGAUGCCACUGAGUUGACUCUAACUCAUAGUGAUCCUGUGUAUAACAGAAUGAAACAUUGCCUGGUCCUGAGCUGUCCUCACAAUCGUUGAUGUGUUUGAACCCAUGGUUGCAGCCAUUGUGUCAGCCCAUCUCAUUGAGGGUCUUCCUCUUUUUCGAUGACCUUCCACUUUACCAAGCAUGAUGUCCUUCUCCAGGGACUGGUCCCUCCUGAUAACAUGUCCAAAGCAAGUGAGAUGAAUUCUCACCGUCCUUGCUUCUUUGGAGCAUUCUGGCUAAUACUUCUUCCAAGACAGACUUGUUCGUUUUUCUGGCAGUCCAUGAUAUAUAUUCAAUAUUCUUCAUGAACACUAUAAUUCAAAGGCAUCAAUUCUUCUCCGGUCUUCCUUAUUCGUUGUCCAGCUUUCAUGUGCAUAUUGAGGCGAUUGAAAAUACCCUGGCUUAGGUCAGGCACACUGUAGCCAGGAAAUGGACUUACUCACUAAAACCCUUGUGGGAGGAAUGCGGACCAGAGGUUAGACACUUGAGAGGACAGUCUCGACUCCUGUAGGGAUGGGAUCUGUAACAACUCAGCUCAACGACAGAGUGGAGUCUGGGGCUGAGAUUGCCAACGUCGGGUGUUUUAAAAAGCACAUCUGGAUGCCCCCAGAGCAGGAGAGUCACGAGGCCUGGAGGCACCUUCCUGCCCUGAGAUUCCUUGAUUCUAUUAAGACUCGACCAGGCAGAUCCUCUCAGACCCUUUUGUACCAUUUCCGUGUCCUCCUGCUCCCCAGCUUCCGCCUCCAAACAGUCAGCAUCUUCAGUUCUUCUUUGAAGAAGAAUUUGGGGUGCAGGAUCCACUUUUAUCCCCCUGUACUGAGAGCCGGAAGUGCCUGAGAAGGGCCUCUCAGCAAAGAAAGAUGGUUGGGAGGAGCGUGCAAGCCAAGCUGUCCUGCCUCUGGUCAGGAUGGCUCUGAGGUGCUUACUACACUCCAGAGAUUCCUGAUGGGAUCGGGGGGAAACACCCUUUGCAGGACUCUGUUUGAGCUCAAGCCCUUACUUGGCUUCCUCUCUUUCCCUGUCCCACUUUUCUCACUCCUGCACCCCAAAGGAGCACUUCCUGACUAGAUCACUUCACACAAAUCCUUGUUUCAAGGUCUGCUUCUUGGGAACCCAUCCUAAGACUGAUGGCAUUGAAGGUGGUCCUAGGAAGUGGCAUCUACACUACAGGUGGGAUUCUGGGUUUGGAUCCCUUGUUGGAGAGCCACAGGGACCCCCUGGUGGAUGGUGAGUUGUGGGGACCUCUGGCUGGGACCCCCUGGGAGACUAGGUGGGACGGGAUGCUCCAGCUCACGUGGUAUCCUGAGCACUUGAGAUAUAUGAGCGAACUGGUCGCUGUCGGGACUGUGGAAUGGUGGUUUUGCUGAGUACAGUCAAUCCCGUGAUGAGGGAAAAUGACAGUACCAGGUCCACAAUUAUCAGCCUAAGGCAGAGUGACAGGAGCCCUCCCUGCCGGGAUUUAAAGACACCCUCAUUUCCUGCAGCUGAGGACAGACUGAAGGCCAGCCUCAGCCCUGGGGCAUGAGCACAGCUGGAUGCCAGAGAAGGCUGUCACUUCAGCCCUCCAAGCUCCCAUACUCCAGUCAGGGCCCCAAUGUGGAAGGAGAGAGACUUUCCCACUUGGAUUGGGGGUAUCUGGUGAUGUACCGGGAACUCUGAGUCCCCAGGCUCCCCCAAACCCUCUGGGCCUGCAGAAGUGGCCUACUCUCCUUUGCUAAAGGUAGCUUCACCCAUCCCCCCACCAGCUUCCCUGAACACUAUGCAGAGAGCUUAUUGUGACAGAUGUCUUUUAAGUUGCUUUUGCCACACUCCCCCCCAAGAUCUGCCCCCAAUGGCCCUUCUGGCCGUUAGAUCUAUCUGUUGUGUCAGCUCUGACUCUCAGCAACCCUACAGGACAUGGUAGAACUGUCCUAUAGGGUUUCCAAGGCCGUGAUGUUUACAGAAGCAGACUGCCACAUCUUUCUCCCCCAGAGCAGCUGGUGGGUUUGAGCCACUGACCUUUUGGUUAACAGUCAACCGCUUUAACUACCGCAUCACCAGGGCUACUCGAGAAACUGUAACACCUGGCUAAUACACACCGGUAGGAACCAGGAGAGAGUGCCUGGGAAUGGAUCUUGAAGAUGAUAGACUUGGUGGGUGGGGUAUUAGGCUGGGGAAGGGAGAGUUUAUUGAAAUGGGAGCAUCCUCCUAUGUCCCUGGAUGUAAUGCCCUGGCAAAGGCCCUGGAGCUGAUCUUAAUACUCUUCUGGGGUGGUUCCUGGAAGCGUGGAUGUAAUGAUGGACUGCUGUCAAUGAGUUUGGAGUUGCCAGGACUGCCUUGGCAGAAUGCUGAGGAAGGUACCGAAAGGCCUGGAGGAAAUAGCUAUUUUACUCCCAAGAACCCACUGCUGGCUAUGUUCCUUGGGAGGGGCCAAAAGGACAGACACUCCCUUCACUAAGCAGAUAAGGAACGUGCUGGAAAAGGGGUGCCACACCACUGAGAAGGUCAAUAGUAGCUCUUCUCCGUAUACCUGUGCUGACGUUAGACAUGCUGUCUUGGAAUCGGAUUCCCUCAUGUCAAGGGAGAAUGACAGAAUCCUGGAGGGCCAGUGGACAGAUGUGGCACUUAACCAUCAAAGGGAAACCACCCAGUUGCCGUCAAGUCUUCCCUGACUCAUGGCAACUGUGUGUGUCAGAGUAGAACUGAGCUCCGUAGGGUUUUCAGUGGCUGAGUUUUCAGAAGGAGACCACCAGCCUUUCUUCUGAGGUGCCUCUGGGUAGACUUGAAGCUCCAACUUUCCAGUUAGCAGCUGAGUGCAUUAACAACCAUUUGUACCACCCAGGGACUCCACUAGAGGCAAUAAGUUUGGAGUGGCAUCCAGGAGGCCCAGACCCAUGGGUGUCUAUGGUGAUGGCUAAUAGACCAUGGUGUUCGUAGAGGCAGAACAGAUGGGCAGCCAACUAGAGUAUUGCUUCACUUAUAUUUCCAAAAUAAGGUCAAGUGGUGGAAUGUCACCUGUCCAAUGGAUUGGGCCCUGACAGGCCUGCUCACCUGUCCCUUGAACCCCAUAUCCUCAGGCAUCUCAUGUUGACGUGAGGCUUCUGGUCUUUAUAGGUGCAGGCUGUGCGGCUUUGGGGGUGUUUUACAGUGCUCCCAGCCCUGAUGUUCCUUAUGUUCCCAGCCCACCAGGACCCCCGUAGGUGGGCAAGUUUGGGGCACAUCUAUACCCUAGCCCAUCAUGUCAAAAGAUAACGUCCAAACCCACCCCAGUCUCAACCACUAUUAUACAGAAUGCCAGCACCUUGUUAUGCUUCUACUUGUUACCAAAGGACUGUUGUAAUGUUGACUUCUGAGAGCCACACAGUGAUCCCAGGAGACCCCGCACUGCACCUCUGUGGGUGGGAAUGGGCCUCAGCAGGGUCUCGAGUGGUGUGUCUGGACACCACAGGCUGUCCUAGGAGCUGUGUGCCCCUUCAGGCCUUGCUUCAGUUCUUGCAGGUCCCUCUCUUGCUGGCAUCCCCCCACUCCACUGAUCAGCUUCCACGCUUCCUUCAUACAUCCCUCUCUCUGCAGCCCUUCUGCCCACAUGGAGUCCUCAGUCCUUCUGCUCAGAGCCUGGGGAGCUGGGACAGACCCCACUUGAAGCUCCUGUCCCCCCACCAUCCCCACCAACUGGACAGCCAGGCUGAGAACCCUGGCAUGGGCACAGGGCACAUGGCCGGUGUCAGACACCCACAAGCUGAGUAAGUCUGUCAUCAGGGAAACACUUACAGUGUGAGCACAUGCGCGUGGCCUGACCAAGAGUUCCUGUUGAGAAUGAAGGAAAGCAGAGUGUGUGUGUUGUAUAUGCGUGUCUGCAUGUAUGCAUCAAACAUGUGAGUGUACAUUUCUAUGUAUAAUGUAUGUGUAUGUAAUGUGUAUUUAUGCAUGUGUUUGUAGAUGAAUGUGUGUUUGUGUGUGUAUAUAUGCAUAUGCACAUGUAUGUUGUUGUUGUUAGGUGCUGUUGAGUCAGUUUCAACUCAUAGGGACCCUAUGUACAACAGAACAAAACACUGCCUGGUCCUGUGCCAUCCUCACACUCGUUGUUGUGUUUGAGCCCAUUGUUGCAGCCACUGUGUCAGUCCAUCUCAUUGAGGGCCUUCCUCUUUUUUGCUGACCCUCUACUUUACAAGCAUGAUGUCCUUCUCCAGGAACUGGUCCCCCCUGAUAACAUGUCCAAAGUAUGUGAGGCAUAGUCUCGCCAUCCUUGCUCCGAAGAAGCAUUCUGGUGGUGCUUCUUCCAGGACGAAUUUGUUCAUUCUUUGGCAGUCCACAGUAUGCUCAAUGUUCUUCACCGAUACCAUAGUUCAAAGGCUUCAAUUCUUCUUCGGUCUUCCUUAUUCAUCAUCUAGUUUUCACAUGCAUAUGAGGCGAUUGAAAACACCAUGGCUUGUGUCAGGCGCACCUUAGUCUUCAGGGUGACAUCUUUGUUUUUUAACACUUUAAAGAGGUCCUUUGCAGCACAUUUGCCCAGUGCAAUGCAUCAUUUGAUUUCUUGACUGCUGCUUCCAUGGGUGUUGAUUGUGGAUUCCAGUAAAAUGAAAUCUUUGACAACUUCAAUCUUUUCUCCGUUCAUCAUGAUGUUGCUCAUUGGUCCAGUUGUGAGGAUUUUUGUUUUCUUUAUGUUGAGGUGUAAUCCAUGCUGAAGGCUGUAGUCUUUGAUCUUCAUCAGUAAGUGCUUCAAGUCCUUUUGGCUUUCAACAAGUAAGGUUGCAUCAUCUGCAUAUUGCAGGUUGUUGAUGAGUCUUCCUCCGAUCCUGAUGCUCCGUUCUUCUUCAUAUAGUCCAGCUUCCCAGAUUGUUUGCUCAACGUACAGACAGAAUAAGUAUGAUGAAAGGAUACAACCUUGAUGCACACCUUUCUUGACUUUAAACCAUGCAGUGUAAUGCAUCUUGAUUGCAUGUUUGAUCAAUUUCAGACUGCAGAAGUUGGUAAAAAUCUUCAAUUUCUUCAUCUUUGGCCUUAGUGGCUGGUGCGUAAGUUUGAAUAAUAGUCGUAUUAACUGGUCUUUCUUGUAGGGAUAUGGAUAUUAUCCUGUCACUGACAGCAUUGUACAUCAGGGUAAAUCUCGAAAUGUUCUUUUUGACAAUGAAUGCGAUGCCAUUCCUCUUCAAGUUGUCAUUCCCCAUAUAGUAGACCAUAUGAUUGUCUGAUUCAAAAUAGCCAAUACCAGCCCAUUUCAGCUCACUAAUGCCUAGGAUAUUGAUGUUUAUGCGUUCCAUUUCAUUUUUGAUGCUUUCCAACUUUCCUAGGUUCAUACUUCGUACAGUCCAUGUUCCAAUUAUUAAUGGAUAUUUGCAGCUAUUAUUUCUCAUUUUGAGUUGUGCCACAUCAGCAAAUGCAGGUCUCGAAAGCUUGAUUCCAUCCACAUCAUUAAGGUCGACUCUACUUUGAUGAGGCAGCUCUUCCCCGGUUGUCUUUUGAAUUCCUUCCAACCUGGGGGGCUCGUCUUCUGGCACUGUAUCAGUCAGUGUUCCACUGCUAUUCAUAAGGUUUUCACUGGCUAAUGCUUUUCAGAAGUAGACUGCCGGAUCCUUCUUCCUAGUCUGUCUUAGUCUGGAAGCUCACCUGAAACCUGUCCACCAUGGGUGACCCUGCUGGUAUUUGAAUACCGGUGGCAUAGCUUCCAGCAUCACAGCAACAUGCAAGCCCUCAGAGUACGACAAACUGACAUGUAUGUAUAUGAUUCCUAUCAUGCAUAUGUGUACAUGUAUGUGUGUAUAUAGGUAUAUGUACGUGUGCAUAUGUGCAUAUGUGUGUAUGUGAUGGUUGUGUAUCAUCUUGGCUGGGCCAUGGUUCUCAGAGUUUUGGCAGUCGUAUAAUGUUUUGGUCAUUUCCCUGUUGAGAUUUGAUAUGCGAUCACCCCCAUGAUGGGAUCUGCUGUGAGUAGACAGUCAGUUGAAGGGGAGUUUCCUUGUGCGUGUGGCCUACAUCGAGUUCAGGCAGGGGGGCGGGGGUUGCACCUUCUGGAUCCUGCAGCUGGCUCCUGUUUGUCUGACCUCUGGUUCCUGGGACUUCAGCUAGCAGCUUACCUGUGGUCUUGCCUGCCAAUCUUGGGAUUCAUCGAUCUUCACAGACUGUGAGCAACAGUCCUGCUCUCCGGCCUGCCGGUCGUGGGUUUGCCAGCCCCUGUGGCUAUGUGGGAAAUCCUGGUGGCAUAGUGGUUAAGUGUGUGUAUUUAUGUGUAUGCAUGUAUACCUGUAUACGUAUGUGUGUGUGUAUUGGGAGGCGUAUGGAAAACUGAGACUCCAGGGAUAAGGCUGCUGGCCUCAGCGGAAAUGAGGGGUGCCAUUGGCGACCCUGAGAACCCACAGGGAGGGAUGGCCAGAGGGGCCAGUGGCCAGGACUGAGAGCAGCAGGGCCACACGGUGCCACCUUUGUAUAGAGCGUCACACUCUGGAGUAAAAGGCAGGGAGAGAGAGGGCUGGGGCAGAAAACUGAGUCUCCUGGCUCUACAGCACACUGCAAAGAGAGCCCUGCCCGGCAGAUCCUGCCCCUGGCCGUGCCCAGCAUCCAUGCCCACAGGCACCUGGGACAGUCAGCCCAGAGCCAGGUGACCUCAGGACACAGGAGCAGCCCAAGAGAGACCCAUCUGAGAGAGCCUAGCCCUGUGCUGACCAGGCUGUAAGAUGCUGUGGCCCACGGGAGGGGUGUCUGGGAGGCUCAGCCAGUCCAAGGCCAUGACGAGGUGCAAACCCAGUCUCAGGGCUCAGCAGAGAGCAGAACCAGAUGGAAGGGGUUAGGUGGGGCAUUGAUGUUUAUGUGACUGUACAUUUCUCAGUCUCUUACCAAGUGGCUGCAUUCCCACAGAAGGGUGGGCAGUCCACCUGAGCACAUCUUGCUCAAGAAGUCAUACGUGUGGGGGGCGGCUGGGAGGUGACAAGCCUAAUUUCUGCCUGGGACCACCAAGAGCCGAACCGUCAUUCUGAGGGUCGGGUUCGGCUGAGGGGUGGGUAGCCUGGUGCUCUGUGUUCAGAAGAGGCCAGGGUUUGCACAGGGGUUGUACCCUCUAUGGGACAGAGGUUUGACUCUUCCUGGGCCUGAGCAGCACCCCAGCCAAGGGCUGUGUUCUGGAGGGAGGAGCUGUUAUUUCAAACAGCUGUAAACCUGCCUCUAGCUCAGAGUGCUGCCCUGUCUUGAACGUUUAAUGUGUGUGGAACUACAGAAAACCACUAAAAAUAGUGGUACAGGCUGGGCAGAAGCCUGGGCCACACCAUUCCUCACAGAGGCUGAAAAGGGGCCCCGGACCUCUGCAGGGCCCCAGCGCACCACUGGACCCCAGCUGGGUAUCCUGGCGCGGGGGGGUGGGGGGGAUGCUGGCCUCACGUUCCCACAGUUCAAACGUGGCCCCUCACUUGUAUCUUAGCAUGGGCUAUUUCCUCUGCUUCACAGCCCUGCCCUCCCGGGUCCUCUGACCACUUGUCCCGCCUCUGGGAAGCCUCCUCACCCUAUGCUUGUCUUGCCCUCAGCUGCCACAUAGCCUACCGCACCCCUCAGUUCAAGACACUUCUGGCCCCCUAACCCCCAAUCCUGCCCCAGGAGUUUACCAGUGCCGGCCCUAUUACCAAACCUGCAGUAGGUAGCCCACAACAGUCCCUGCAGUGACAGUGGGCCGGUGGGGUUGCCAACAACCUGCCCACCUGCUCCAUCACCCGUGAGAGAUCACCGGGAUCCUUAAGCCUUAGCUGUGACAGGGUUCCCUCCCCACCCCCGCACAGACUUCUGACCACGAGGCCCCCCAGAACGGUCACCGGCUCUGUCUCCUGUCCUGGGGCGCGGAUAAGGUCCCAAGGGCUAGCGGGGGGCGCCUAGCUCAGGGUCUGGCACUCAGCAGCGCUCGCUACACCACGGGUGAAUGGAGGAGGC